UUUAGAUGAAAAAGUUGUUCCAUUUCACAAAAUGAAAUCCAAAGAAAAUAAAACUGAGAAACAGAAAAAAUAAAAAAAAUAAAAAAGAAAUUGAAGGCGGUCCAAAAGUAUCGGCCAUCGUUUCCGGAGGCACCUUCCUUUUCCAACGCCCAUUCCUCUGUUCCCCCGAACCGCAUAAAUAAAUACUCCUUCCCCUCUCUUCCCUCCGCUUCCCCCUCAACCCUCCUCCUUCUCCCAUGCCUUUUCUUCCUCGCCUUUCCACCUAAAUGCUCUUCUUCUUCGCCGGUUAUAUCAUCAUUGUUGUUCCCUUGCGUUGCAUUGCAUUGCAACCUUCUUACAGACUUUGAUUCUGGUUUUGAAUCUCAAUGUGAGGAACGAAUGGUAGUGGUGUUCUGAUGAGAAUUGUGUUUCUGGAAUUAGACACAGCGAGUUCUGUCCUGGGGUUCUGUUCAAUUGUGGUGAACGUCUAGAAAUGGAUGAAAACGGUGGGAUCAAGUUGACUGGAAUCCGCCAGAUUGUGAGGCUGAAAGAGACUCUCCAACACUGGCAAGGCGUCACAAUUAACCCGAUAUCCAAAGCCGCAGCCCAUGAAAAUCAAAGCCAAAAUCUAAAUCAAAAUAAUGGGAUCCUUUCACCAGCAAUCAACAAAAGGCUGACGAAUGUUUUGUGUUGUGAUUCGGAUGAGGAGAGCUGCCAGAGCCCUGAACAUCCACCCGACGUCCCAAAAGGGUACUUGGCUGUUUAUGUUGGGCCGGAGCUUCGGAGGUUCAUCAUUCCCACUAGCUAUCUUAGCCAUUCGGUGUUCAAGGUGUUGCUGGAAAAGGCAGAGGAGGAGUUUGGAUUUGAUCAUAGCGGCGGCCUCACAUUCCCAUGCGAGAUCGAGACCUUCAAAUACCUUCUCAAGUGCAUGGAAAGCCAGCACAAGGAUCAUCCUGAUGACCACACCCCAGCUGGGAGUUCCUUAACCAUGGAAGGAUAAAAAAAAAAUGGUUGUGAUCCACAGCAGAGGGGGCGCUGUUUGCAAAGGCAGAUGGAUGUGUGUGUGCCUGCCACACAUGAGAUAUGUUGUGAAAUUGAAGUGUUGUGGUUUUGGUUUUGGUUUUGGUUUUGGUUUGGAGUCAGAAAAAUUAGGGAUGUGUUUAAGUAGUAGUUAGAAAAGUGGAGGAUUAAUGUACCGUUUGGUUUGGUUUGGUUUGGUUUGCUUUGUUUUUGCUUUUGCUUUUGUUUUUGGGAAUACCCUCUCAGGGGAGAUGUGAACUUCCAUUUGCUUCCCUGUAUUUGAAUGUGAAGCACAUGAUUGUUUGACCAC